GUCGAGGAUCGCAUCACAUGGAGUGGGGUAUUUUAGCACCCUAGGCCCUAAAACGUGGAGUCAGCCUUCCCUAAAUAGGCGGGUUCUAGGCUUGACCUAGCGCGGGGUGUCGGGUCCCUCCAGCUUCGCUCAAACGGAUUUCCAAAAUGCCGUCAACGCCUUCCAUUGUCCACCGAUCCCGAGGAUGAUGGAUUGAUGGAUUGAUGGAUUGAACUCGCUCUAGCACCACCAGACAAUCGCAUUGGGCCGGACUCUAGCCGGCGCCGCUUUCAUAUUGUGCUAACUUCCGUCGUGCGCAGCGCCCGAGGAGAGAACUCCGACCAUGGCCGGCCUGCAAGGUCGCGAGCUCGACGACGGCUGUCCCGACAGCGCUCCCGACCAGCUCCACGAGCUCCGACACGACGGGUCCGUUCUCACAAUCGCGGUCUCUGACAAGUACAUCUUUGCUGGUACGAGCAAAGGCGAGAUCGCAAUCUGGUCUCUCGGAACGUACCACCACGUCCAGACGAUUCAAGCCCACAAACGAAGCGUCCUUUGCCUCGUGCUCUCCGAGGAUCAAAAGUACCUCUUCUCGAGUGCGUGCGAGCCCAUCAUUGGCGUUUGGUGUCCCAAGACCUUUGCUCGACUUUAUGAGAUUUACAGCACCUACGACGUCGGCGAUGUGUUCAGCAUUGCCUACUCUUCGCAGCGCGAGACCUUGUACCUCGGUACGCAGACGCAGGAUAUACAAUGGGUCAGCUUGAAGGAUCCCGCGAGGAAGGUGCCUCACGACUCUGCCAACCACCCAGACAGGCGGCAACACCGCUUCUUUGACUCGCGCGCUGUUGGGGGCACGUCUACACCCAGGAGGAUGGAGGAGCACUACGCCCUCAUUCCCAAGGCUGCCACGGUGCUGGAGAUUGAUCCGGGCGCGAUCCGGCAAUAUGCGCACUAUGGCUGGGUGUUCUGCAUGCUCAUAGCGAAAGGACCCACCGUGCUCGGUGACCCGGAGGAAGACGUGCUGAUUUCUGGGGGCGGGGAUGGCACGAUCAAGCUGUGGAGGCUCUCCGACGAGGCGCCGGACCACGACGACGGCGUUCUUGGGGACAUCGAGGAGAUGAUGACUCUGGGCGAGGAUGACAGCGAGUCCGUCAUGUCCAUGGCCGUUGAUGGGUCCUUCCUGUACGCUGGGAAGCUACGGGGCAUUAUUGAGCUGUGGGACCUCGAUACGAAGCAGAAACUGCGGGUCAUCAAGGCGCACGACGGAAACGUCAACACCCUGAAGAUGAGUUUUGGCCUCCUAUGGAGUGGCGCAACUGGAGGGUCGGCGUCGAAACACAGCACUGUGCAUUACGGCCGAGACAAGAAUGGUCUUCCACAAAACGUUAGCCAAAAGUAUCAGUGUCUGAGUCGGUGGAAAGCUCACGACGCAAAGAUCCUGUCUUCGGCAACAGCUACUCAUCAGGCCGACCAGCUCUUCAUCACCGGAGCCAACGACAACACUGUACGCGUUUGGCGUGUUAACGGCAUGCCGACCGAAUGCGAGCAGGAAGUCGGCGGAUCGGAGAAUAUGAUGAUUACGUCCCUUCGCGAGUUCGUCUCGUUCAAGACGAUAUCCUCCCGUCCCGAAUUCACCGAGGACUGCCGCAAAGGUGCCACGUAUCUGGGCUCGCUCUUCAAGCGACUGGGCGCCGAGGUGGAGAUGCUAAGCACUGGCAAGCUGUAUAACCCCGUGGUGUGUGCCAAGUUCAGCGGCAAGCUUGAGCCAGUAGAGAAGCGAAAGCGGAUUCUCUUCUAUGGCCACUACGACGUAGUACCGGCAGACACGAAGGGGGGCAAUUGGCAAACCGACCCGUUCAAACUCGAAGGUCGUGACGGUUACCUAUACGGCCGUGGCGUUAGCGACAACAAAGGGCCCAUCAUCGCCGCGCUUUACGCCGUCUCCGACCUGCUCCAAGCCAAGGUCCUCGACUCGGACAUUAUAUUCGUUAUCGAAGGGGAAGAAGAGUCCGGUUCGCGCGGGUUUCAAGAGACUAUCCGGAUGCAUAAACACCUAAUUGGCCACAUCGACUAUGUACUCCUCGCGAACAGCUACUGGCUCGACGACGAGGUUCCCUGCCUCACCUACGGCUUGCGCGGCGUUCUUCACGCGACCAUCUGCGUCGAUUCCAGACACCCAGACCUCCACUCCGGCGUCGACGGCAGCAACCUCGUUUCCGAGCCCUUAACUGAGCUGACCCUCCUGCUCAGCAAACUUAAAGAUUCAAAAAACCACGUCAAGAUUCCCGGCUUCUACGACGGGAUCCUCCCGCUUACUCGCGAGGAGGACCAGCGAUACGACGACAUCGCGAGCAUUCUGAUCCGCCGCAACCCGUCGCACGGGCCGGUUGAGGCGCUCAAGCGCAGCCUGAUGGCGCGGUGGCGCGAGCCGAACCUAACCAUCCACCGGUACAACGUCUCGGGCCCGGACGGCAGCCUGAUCAGCAGCCACGCGACGGCCAACGUCAGCGUGCGGCUGGUGCCGGGCCAGGAGGUCGAGGACGUAAUUGAGGCGCUCAAGAAGUACCUUCAGGACGAGUACGCCAGGUUUGACAGCGACAAUACGCUGACCAUCAGCAUCGAUAACAAGGCGGAGCCGUGGCUGGGGGUGCCUGGGAACUACAUCUUUCGCACUCUGGAGGAGGCCGUGAUGCGGGCGUGGGCCGGGGUCGGCGCCGCCGGUUCAUCAGCGUCGUCGUCAUCGUCGCCGACCGCCGCCGCCAAGGGAUCGAAUACGGGAGACAAGGGAAGCGUGGUGGAUGGCGUGACGGUGGCGCUGCCGGCGAACGCGACGGACGGCGAGGAUAGGCCAAAAACGAGAAAGCCGCUGUAUAUCCGCGAAGGAGGGUCAAUCCCGCCCAUCCGGUUCCUCGAGAAGGAGUUCAACGCCCCGGCGGCCCAUCUGCCUUGUGGCCAGGCCAGCGACGCCGCCCAUCUCGACAAUGAGCGGUUGCGGGUUCUGAAUCUGAUGAAGAGCAGGGAGAUUUUCAGCACGGUUUUCAGGAAGCUCUAGAGCAAUGUUCGGGUCCGGUUAUCAACGGUGGGAGAAAAAAAAAGACGAUGUACGAUUCCCUUCUAGUCUGCUUCAUGGCGUAUUCGCAGCUCGUGAGGGGAGAGCCGAAUUUUAGAACGUGAUACCCCCGCAUCAUGUGUCUUUUUGCGGUCACACAAACAAAACCGUGGUGUGCAGGUUCCCUUGUCCGACUGCGAACGUAAUGGCAUCAACACUCCCUAUCCUGUCCUAUAAUAACUAACGUACCC